UUACAAUAAAAAACCACCAAACUUCCGCUUUCAAAUAAUGUACGCAAAUUGCAAUUCAGCCAAACAAUCCAAAAAGGGAUCCUCGAAGUCACAAUGUAGAUGCUGAUCGGUCCUUAUCAAACCAAUAAUUCUCGUUGAUUUAUUUCUUCCAUUAGUUGGUUUCUUAAGAAAGUUGAUUUAAACUUUCACUUUCGGUAUAUCUGACUUUAAAAUUAGUAUAUAAUAAUGCGAUCUCACACAUAUACUUUCAUACAUAAUAAUAUGGAGGUGGAAUUUAUAAUUAUAUGGUAAAUUCAGAAGGGUCAAUGCGUAAUUGGAGCAAACACAACUUCUUUGACUAACAAAUACAAGUUGGUUGCAUGAAAAUCCACUUAGCUGGUCCAAUAUAAUUAAAACGAAUAUCAACGGUCAACAAGAAGCAACCUUAGACAGGGAAACUGUGUAACGUAGGCAACUCCGCAAUAUAAAAAAGUUGAAAAUCACAAAAUGUUUAAUUUUUAAAGUCAAAUUCUUGUAAUAACUUUGUAACGUCAAAAUAAAGCUAGUUUAAAAAGGUACGAGAGUCACAAGAUGCCGUGUACUUGCGCUUGAGUUUCUCUCUGCAUAACAAAAAUGAAGAAAACUUAACCAGGAAUUCAGGACAUUGAUGAUUCUUUAUCUGAAGUCUAUACUGGCAUGGAUGUUGGAGAAGGCCUAAUUGUGCGUGCAUGUUAAAUCAGAGUAUCGAUAUAUUUCAAAUACUUACAAAACCCGUCUCACAUGAGUCCCCUUUUUGGCCUCAAAGUGAGGCGUGAGGAACGCACCAAGAAGAAAACUCAAACAAAAACGCACUUGCUUCAGUGCGUGCCUACCUUCUCAAUGCCCCACUCAGUCUUCUCUCCUUUCCCAUAACAUUGAACACAAACGCCCCACAACUCAAACCACAAAAAUUCGAAACAUCUCUAUGCCCAUAUCCUCAGAACUCCCUGAGGAAAUGGCCUUGAACCCCAAGUCCAAAAAAUCGAGUUCCCCAUCAAAUUUUUAUUUUUGCACCACCCUUUUCUUCAUUGUCCUCUUCACCAUACCUGCUCUUUUCCUCCUCCACACCCCAACCACCACCUCCAUAUGCACCACCCUUGCUUCUUCUCAAGCCAUAACUUGGUCAGGUGAUCUUCGUGUAGCUGAAUUUGCAUGGAACCGCCUCUCAUUUUUCGAACACAGCCCACCACCCUUUGCUCUCAAAAUUGCUGUCUUCUCUAGGAAAUGGCCAAUUGGCACAACCCCUGGUGGCAUGGAGCGCCAUGCUCACACCCUUCAUACAGCUUUAGCCCACCGUGGCCAUCAAGUUCAUGUCUUCACAUCUCCACCCCAAGAUGAAAGCACUUCAAUCUCAUCAUCCUCAGAGGCAAACAAAAACAACCAUCGAGAAGGUGCACCUUCUUCCCCUUAUAUUCAUUGCCAUGAAGGUGAGCCUGGCAGGUGGCGCUAUAACAAGGCAUGGGAACAGUUUGUGGAAGAAAACCAGCGAGAACCAUUUGAUGUUGUGCACUCAGAAAGCGUGGCACUUCCUCACUGGCUAGCACGCAAUAUUUCAAACCUUGCAGUGUCAUGGCAUGGCAUAGCCCUUGAGAGCUUGCAAUCAAGCAUUUUCCAAGACCUGGCUCGCAGGCCUGAUGAGCCUAUGUCCCCUCUUUUCAACCAAAGCUUGCAGGGUGUUGUCCCUAAGGUGCUGAAUGAGAUUAGGUUCUUCAGGAAUUAUGCUCAUCAUGUUGCUAUAAGUGAUAGUUGUGGUGAGAUGCUGAGGGAUAUGUACCAAAUUCCUACCAGAAGAGUGCAUGUAAUACUGAAUGGCGUUGAUGGGGAUGAGUUCAAAGAAGAUUUAGAAUUGGGUAGGGAAUUCAGAAACAAAAUUGGCAUUCCAAGAAAUGCAAGUUUGGUGCUUGGUGUAGCUGGAAGAUUGGUGAAGGACAAGGGUCAUCCUCUGCUUCAUGAAGCAUACUCGAGGCUUAUAACCAAGCACCCUAAUGUGUACUUGAUUGUUGCUGGUUCUGGACCAUGGGAGAACAGGUACAAGGAUUUAGGGAGCCAGGUUCUGGUUCUGGGAUCAAUGAGUCCUUCCAUGUUGAGAGCUUUCUAUAAUGCUAUUGACAUUUUUGUCAAUCCCACACUUAGGCCACAAGGGCUUGACCUUACUUUGAUGGAGGCAAUGAUGAGUGGGAAGCCUCUUCUGGCAUCAAGAUUUCCAAGCAUUAAAGGGACAAUUGUGGUUAAUGAUGAAUUUGGCUACAUGUUCUCCCCGAAUGUGGAGUCUCUGUUGGAGGCACUGGAAGCAGUGGUAAAGGAAGGACCGCAGAGACUAGCAAGGAGGGGCAAGGCAUGCCGGGAAUAUGCUGCUUCAAUGUUCACAGCAAUAAAGAUGUCAUUGGCUUAUGAGAGGUUAUUCCUAUGUAUAAAAAAUCGUAAAUUCUGUACCUAUCCUUGAGGCUAGGCUAGAAACUCCCUUUAUUCCUUUUCUUCUUUCAUUUAUUUUUCAUUUUAGUCAGUAUGAUAUAAUUAUAUUCAAACUUUUAAAUAAUCAGAUAUAGGUUUUUCAUAGUUAAAAUUUCUUGAAUAACUUUAAUACUUAAUGGCCUCGAUCUUGGAUGACAAUGCUCUGGAGUAUCUAAUAUUUGAUGGAGAGAUUAAAUAAAGGUGCUUUACUAAAAGUAAAAACAAAAUAUAAUCAAUAAACCAGAAGGCAAACCGAAUCUCAUAAGAUGUGGAUAUACAGUUGAUCAGUCGUUGAUACUUUAAAAGAACAGAGACUUUGUAUGUGUCAACAAAGAAGGAUUGCAUGAUGAAUCUAUAUCUGCCUCAACCUUAGCAGGUGAUGAAUAAUCAGAAUUCUCAUAACAGAACCUUGGGAAAAAGCAGAGUCCCAUUCAAGGUCAUCGGUCAGAUGAAGCCUGUAUCUUGUCUUUCCUGAACUACAAAUUGGUUUUCCUUUGGCAAUGAA